AUGGCUAACCGAGGACCACCCAGACACGGUCACAACCACGGCCACGGACAUGGACAUGGACACCGACACACUCACGGUCAUGGUCACGGACACAGCCAGGGACACAGCCACAGAGACAACACACCCCAAGGGCAAAUCGAUUACAAGCACCGUGAACUGUACGUUCAAAUCUGCCAUGAGGAUGAAGGUGCCAUCCAUUGGUUGAUAUUCAUGAAGUAUCCAGGUGAUGAGCGUGGCAUGCGCCUCCACAGCGUUGGCUGCAUGGGUCAUCGUCAAUUGGCUAUAGAAGAUGACAAGAGAUUUGAUAGCUAUACAGUCGCGAGCACACACUAUCUCGGUACGAUUCAUGAGGCCGAUAGUUGGAUUGUCGAGAGAGAGGCUGAGAAGAUCCCACUACAGAGCUGCCAACUCUGGGCUUGUUACCUGAUCCUUCGACUUGAGCGUAAGAGACUGCUCGAAGACGGGAAAUAUAAGCAUUUUAUGAACUGCUAUAAGCAUAGUAGGAGAGAGGAUUAUGGACCAGGAGAUGAUUUCCAUGAUUGCCCGGUUCAUCGACAUUAG